UCGAUUUCAUUCGUCGUGCAUAGCUGAUCGCGGAAUCAGUACAUCGUCGACAGUGUUGGUGCUUUGUGGUGGUACUUGCGAAAAGCGUGAUUGAUUUAUGCGAUGGGCAUGAGGCACUUGAUCGUUCUAGUGCUGUUGGCAUGCUGUUGUUGCCAGGAAGCGCGUUCGUUUGAUUUGGGAGGUUUGUUUAAAAAAUCUGGCGAAGUAGCUAAAGUUGCGGCCAAGACUGCGAAGGGAGUGGCCGAGAAUAUACCACAAAUAUUCUCUCCGGAACAACUGCUCGAGUUUGGCAAGCAAUCUAUCAUCGGACUUCCGGCGGAAGCGAUCGCGGCGACCAUCAACCAAAUAUGUUCGGUUGCGCUUCUGUCGAAUGCGACUGCUUCGGAAAAUUCGGUCAAUAUUACCGAUAUGAACUACAUUCUGAUGACGGAGGACAACAAUGUUACGAUACCGCUGCUAGAGUCAGAUGAUCUUUGGAUGAACGAGCUAUUCAACAAAUCCUGUGAUACGGUCGUUCUGGUGACCGGAUGGACAUCAAACGUGAACGAACCGAAUCGGGCGAUUGAUACGAUAUACAACGCAUACAAAGCACGUGGCGGCUACAACUUUGUCGUCAUAGAUACGGCGGAGUAUGUGGACACACUGUACACGUGGUCUGCGUUCAACACGAACGAUCUUGGCAAGGGCUUAGCGGAUGGACUUAAAGGGCUCAUCAAGUAUGUCCCGUUGGAGAGGAUUCAUUUGAUCGGGCACAGCUUAGGAGCACACAUUGUUGGCGCGGCUGGUCGUUUCUUCCAAUAUUCGACCAACAAAACACUACCCCGAAUCACCGGUUUGGAUCCGGCCAAUCCUUGCUUCAACGAGGGAGAAUCGCUCAGUGGCAUCCAGCGUGGAGAUGCCGAAUUCGUUGAUAUUAUACACACCAACGCGAAGGUACUCGGUAAGAGGGAUCCUAUCGGAGAUGCAGAUUUUUAUCCCAACGGAGUUGUUUCAGUCCAGCCGGGAUGUUUGGAUCCAGCAUGCUCCCACAAGCGUGCCUGGGAACUGUACGCGGAAACAGUUUACCCGGAGAAUGAAAAAAGUCUUCUGGCCGUCAAAUGCAACUCGCUGCUCUCGCUGAAAACUGGUGGUUGCAUAGGUAACCCAAUCCCGCUCGGUUUUGCAUGCCCUCCGACAGCUAAAGGAAACUUUUUCUUGAAAACCAAAGAUAAAUCACCGUUCGCAAUGAGUUUGUAAAAUUUUUGUUUAAAUGGUUAACAAUUUUAUCAAUUAACCCAUAAGCAUAUG